AUGAUAAGCGAACCACGCAUCGAUAUCAGCCAAACAAAGUUCGAGUCACCGGUGAAAUGUAUCUUUGAUAGUCAAGGUGCAUCAGAUUUCCAACAAUCGGUAGCUAUCGAUAGGUUAAAGUAUCAUUUGGAGAAAUAUGCUCGGAUGAUUCAUGGACAACCCAUAGUGCACGAACCUUCCGGGAUAGAGGUGGUAAACCGUGUAGUGUCAUUACUUUCGAGGCUUUCUGAGCUAGUGGAUGAGACUCCCCCUUUUUCCGGACCUCGAAGGUAUGGGAACUUGGCCUGUAGGGAUUGGCAUGAUAAACUGGAUGCUAAUCUGACAGAGUUGUUGCAGCAAGUGCUACCACAAGAUUACCACAAAUGCAUUCCUGAGCUGAGCUACUACCUGGGGAACAGUUUUGGGUCUUCAACGAGGCUCGAUUACGGGACUGGUCAUGAACUCUCUUUUUUGGCAGUAUUGGGGGCCCUAGACAUGUUGGGACUAUGGACAAGCGAGUUUAGUGGGAAGGAUGUUCUAUUGCUAUUUGACACAUACUACAAGCUCGUAAGAAAAUUGAUUCUCACCUAUACUUUAGAGCCAGCAGGGUCCCAUGGCGUAUGGGGGCUCGAUGAUCACUUCCACAUCAUUUACAUCUUGGGAAGCUCUCAAUGGAGUAGCGAUCCAGCGGUUCCAAUGACCCCACGAGACGUCAAGAAUAAGGUACUGGUUCAAGACUACGCGGAUACAAACUUAUACUGUCAGGCUAUCGAUUUCAUAUUUCAUGUCAAGUCAGGACCCUUCUCCGAGCACUCUUCGAUGCUCUACGAUAUCGCAUCGACUGUACAGACAUGGUCCAAAGUGCAAUCUGGGCUGUUGAAAAUGUAUUACGUUGAAGUACUGAAAAAAUUCCCAGUAGUGCAACAUUUCUGGUUUGGUCCAGGGUUUUAUCCAUGGAUCAGCGAUAGAAAUGGUCAAAAAUUACCAAUUUAUGAGAAUGCAGAAAGUGAGAAGAAACAGCCACCAUCUAUGACAACAAUGGCCCCAUCAAACACGACAAUGUACCAUUUAACCACGCGACCAAUUCCUCAUGGUAAAUUGUCACAAGUUCACAAGCUUCCAACUCGUGGUACUAUGCAACCGCCAACCUCUUUACCACGAACUUUCAAUAGGAGCGCGAAGAAAGAAUAA